AUGGCUUCUGGAUCAUCUUCGAAUGUGUCAUCACCAAAUUCGUCGGACAUUGAUCCCCAGUCUAAUGAAUCUAAAUCGUCAUCCGAUUCUGAGUCGACAGAUUCGGCGACUUCGACAAAUCAACAACGCCCGCGUUUGCGACGUCGAUGGAGAAAUUGUCAUCUUCAAUCGAAUAGCACGAAUGCUGUGCUGCCACGUGCCAAACCUGCAUCGACUUCCCUCUGGACAACACGUGAGAAGCAAUUUGAAAAGUUUCGAUCCAGUCUCCUAUCGAUGCCCGUUCCUGAUGGAGUCGGGCGUAUUAAGAAGGCGAAAGGCUUUUCAUUACACAUCAUGUCAGCUUUGAUUUGGGUGUUACCCGACUCUCUUUUGCAAUCGUCGGCAAUUCCAGCGACCAGUGAUCCAAAUGAGAGUGACAACGAAAGUGAAGAACCACUUCUCACUUUGGGCGUCCACGUGAGUUUGUUCCAUGCAGAGUCCAAGCGCUUUUUUGGCAAUACGUGGGUUAGUCCAGAGCUUGCAGUCGACCCAUUUGCGAUCAAGCAAAUUCGAGAAACUAAAGACGGCACGCUGCGGUAUGUCAUUGAGAACGUCUCAUUAAACUUUCGUGCGUAUUUUAUUUCAGACAUUGUGGACACCAACUGCAUUGGUGUACUGGAAUUUGUGGCGUAUGAGAAGGACCCAGACUCAAAAGCGACUAUCCAAGUGGCUGGAUGUGGCUGGACGAUCCUUCCGCUCUUUUCACGUCAACAAACGCCACAGGAGGGUAUCUUAAACGGAUCCGCAUCUCUUCCUUCCGCCUUUUCCUUAACCACGAGCGGAGACUCGGCCAAUGUGUUUAUGGGAAGUCCUCGUUUGUUAUGGGAGCUCAAUUCAGAUGCUUGGAGUUCUCAAGACAAAUAUGACGGGAGCAAGUUAUAUUACCAGCUCAGCCAGUAUGAUCCAAUGCUAAAUGUCGCCACAUUUGUAAGAAAAAAUGAGCUUGUGAGCGCUCUGGAUCCAAUCCCAGGCUUGAAAAAUGGCAACUUGGCUAAUCUAGACGUUGGCAACAAGCCAGAAACACUGCUUCAAGACGAUGAAGACGUAAGCUAUGAAGACACGUUGGCAUCGUUUGUCAGACUGUCGUCGCUUGUGCCCAAGUCGAUACAAGUCGAAGAGCCAUUUGAAUUGAGCGUGGCUGCUACGCGCGUGGUUGUCAAUAUGCGUGAUGAGAUUGAAGCAAAUUUAGUUGCACGGUUGAGGAUCAGUCGCAAGGCUAUCUACGAAGGUGCAAUGAGUGUGGUAGGCGAAGUGUCUGCUCGUGUACUUAAGUUUGCUCUUCACAAUGGACGUUGCUUUCGAACUCGACAAUUUACCGUACCGCUCAAGGCUCAUCCAAAUGGUGGCGACACACUUAUGUGUGUUCGCAACCAGUCCAGGUUACGAGGCUUUGUCUUUCAUCCAAACAUGGCAAUCGUGGUUGUACUACAAUUCACUGUUCAUUUUCGGAUCAUCUGGCCAGUUAAGCUUAAGCAACAAGCUCUGGAAGCAAACAAACCUCCUCUACCCGAAGAAGAUGUCGUUUUGGUGACAAUGGGUGCACGAGCACUCGUUCCAAGUGACGGUAAGAAACUGUACUUGUACGACAAGUACCAUCUCGCGACAGCAGCGUCUGCAGAACCACUGACAGUACUAGAUGGCGUACCACUACAAGCGCAAGCAGAGCAACGUCAGGUUCUCCACGUCGACCUUCUGUCAGGAGCUCCUUGUCGUCCAUACUCGGACAAUACGUUGUACACUCCACCAGAUCAACUGACACGGUCACUUUACAGCCGCGAAGUAUCGCUCAAAGACUCAUUUGCGUUUUGUGAUCUCAUGCUUACGCUAGAUGAAGAUAUCACAGUCACCGAGAAACCGAGUGAACAUUUAAUAACUCCGUCACCACCUUGUGAAGAAGAAAAAGAGAAAAUUGAAGACUGUGCUGCUGAUCUAUGGGCGAAAAAGCUACUGAACAAAGCGAAUGACAACCCGUUGCUGGCUCAGACGCUCAACGCGCUAGCUACGUCUCCUCUGAAAGAGAAAAUUUCAGCUGCGAAACCUCCAUCCCCAUCAAAGAAACAUAGCACACAACUUGCGGUUUCCACGACUCAAAUUCCGGAUGUCCCGAUAACGGAGCUUAGCCGUGCAUCCAAGACGCUAUUGAGCCGGUACGGCUACAUGGAGUCUCACGACAAGCCACUAGACUCUCCACCUAACAAUCAAACGGCACACGAUGAAAGUAAAGGCCGACAAAAUUCUGAUCGCAUGGCUAAGUCCAUCGAAACUGAGGUGAACGAUCUAUUCAAGGCCAACGAGAUCCGUUUUCAUUUUGCAGCUUUUAAAGCAAAUAGUCGUGAAACUCAAAAGAAUGUUUAUAACCCAGCACCCUCGCGAGUGUAUUUUACCUUUCAAUUCUACCAUUUUCCUCCGACGCGCUCAGAAACGUUGCGUUUGAGCAAAGCCUUUGACAAUGGAGCUUGUAAGGAUAUCCAAACGUUUCUUCUUAUGCGUGAUAAGAUGGUCAAUAAACCAGCACUAGCGAUCCAAUUUGAUGUCGACACAACUGCAAGUAUGAAUCCUCUCGAGACGCGUCACUUUGCUGAAUACUUGAAAUGGCACAAUCUAUACGUCGACGUGUGGGAUGCGGACAGUCUUUUUCAACUUGGUACAAUUAUCAUACCUCUGCAUGAACUGCUUCGACAAGGAACUAAAGUCAAGAAAUUUCAAGCUGAAGUCGAAAUCUUGCCACCACUGGAAGCCACGACCAGAUGUCGAGAUGUCUUUACUUUUCCUGACACAACGAAUAGAGCGGAUAAAUUCGAAAUCGGAAGGAUCCAACUCCUCAUGAGCUGCUAUGGAGUAAAAGGAGAGCAUUUAAUUGAUCAACAGGCAACAUAUGCAGAUCAAGAUACGACAGUACAGACUCACAACCCACAACCACAAAAAGCCAAGAAUUGCGUUUGCGCUCGUCCACUGGUCGAAACAAACGCUGAGCUCCAUCGCCGAUUGUCUGAAAAUGGUUUUUAUAAUGAGAAUACGGAGAACGUUCAGACAUUGCAGCGUCGGUCGCGUCCAAUGUGUCUCAAGAAAUCGACGCUGACACCAAAAGAAAUUGACAUUCUAUGCAAUCUGUUUGGAUCUCGUAAUGCUGAAAGAAACUCAACUACAUCCCACUCGACGCGAAUCAAGUGCGAUUUCAAGAAUAAAACGGGAUUACUAGCUCUGUUGUCGAUGCGACCACCCGAUAUCAAGUCCAACCGAGCUAAUGAAGCGGCAAUUUCUGUCAAUAAGCAUCACACAGCCGUACAGGUAGAAAAAACGACUAAUGUUGAUGAUUGUAGCAAUGAAAACCGUUUAAAUUACAUAGUGAAUCUAGCAGCGCAACACCAAAGCGCCUUAGCUCAUGCGUUUGCAGGUAUGGACAUUAAUCAUGACGAAUAUUUAACUCCAGACGAGUUUUUUAGAGCAAUACAAUCCCUGGGUUCGGCGUUAGGGGAUCUUUCCGAAAAAGACGUCAAGCUUCUGUUUGAUUUACUGGAUUCGAACCAAGAUGGCAAGAUUGCGUAUCGUGAGCUGAAACAGUUUGUAAAGGAGCCAAUUUAUUUGUCAAGAACAAAGUGGCACGAUCAGAUCAAAACGAUUCUCGAACGUGCAAAGGAUAGAGGUAUUUCUGUUUAUGAUGUGUUUGCUGAGCUGGACGUCUUGAAAGAUGGAAAGCUCUCGUUUGAUGCAUUUGAUCGUGGACUUAAGCAGUUAGACGAUUCGUCACGUAUUAACAGUGAAAUUGUGCAGAGUUUCCUUAUGGAAUCGAAACAACAUCACGAAGGCACUAUUUCAUACAUCGAAUUUUUAGAAUCUUUUGGAAUAUCUAGCGAUGCAAAUAAAGAAGAACUCGCGAACGAAACAUUCAAAGAAAUGACUGAAAGUAUACGUGGGAUAGUCAAUCGGUUAGAUAAGCAAGGAAUUGAGUUUCGAGAAGCUUUUGCACAUUUUGAUACGGAUCGGAACGGUACUUUGUCAAUUGACGAGUUUUCAAAGGCAUUAUCUCGACUCAUACAAAUUGAUGGGAGCACGAAAGACACAUUGAAAGCAACUGAGCAAGAUCUACUGACAAAAUUUAUGAAAACAGUUAAGACUGACGGAGAUGGAAAGAUUAAUUACCAUGAGUUUUUGACGGCAUACGGCGUCACAGCUAUGGACACGCAACACGAGACAGCUCAGAGUACACAAGCAGCCCGCCUUGAAGCAGAGAGGAAGCUUAUCAAGCUGAUUGGUCGAGCCAUGGAUCGUGGGAUGACUUUGAAGCAAGUAUUCGAUCAGCUCGACGCGAUUCCAGACGGUGGGAUCUCUGUAUUCGACUUUCAGCAAAAUCUAGAAAAGUUGCUAUUAGCACAAGAAAUGAGCCUUGAUGACGCUCAACUUAUCACUGAUCGCUUUAAUGUGAUAGAAGACGGAAUAUUUUCUCGAGAAGAAUUUCAGGAGUUCGGUGCUGAAAUAAGUAAGAAACAGCAGACUCUGGCUACAUACUUUGCUCCUCACUUGGAGAAAUUAUCGAGUCUUUCUUCAAAAGUAGCAAACGAUUGUUGGACAUCGGUAUGUCAAGCAGAAAUGAACAUAUCAUUGCUAGAAAUGGAGACUAAAGUGUGGCCAUUGAUGUCGUACUUCGACUUUGUAAGCGAAGAUGGCAGCGUCAAUGCUCACGAGUUGCGAAAGUGGUGUUCAUCAGUCGAGUGUGCAUCGUUAAGAAAAUCAACAGACAGCUAUGCCGCUACAGAGCGAUUCAAGCAGCUACUACUGACUGCACAAAGUCAAGGGGUAGAUUUGCAAGCGAGUUUUGCGCACUUUAAUGAGGAUCAAGACGGCAAAUUAACGCGAUUUGAAUUCAAAAGAGGGUUAAAAGUUCUUGAAUCGUUCCAAGACAUGAGUGAAGCUGAGUUUGACGCAUUGUGGAAUGGACUGGACAAAGAUAACAGCGGAACGAUUGACGUGGAAAAGUUUAGGACCCUUCUGACGGAGUUGAAUAGUGUAGCAGAACAUUUACAUAGCGAUAAUGAGACUGAGCCAUAUCUGCCUCCGGUUAUCAUUUCCUACCAACAGAGCACCAUGGAGAAGCUGCGAAAGCUGCUACUCCACGCUGAAGCUAAUGGAAUUGAGUUGACAAAUUAUUUCGCCCACUUUGAUACCAACAAGAACGGAGUAAUGACAACACAAGAGUUUGGUAAGACUAUUAAACAGCUUCCCGGUUUUGACGACAUUUCUGAUGAAGAGAUCUCAACAUUUGCUAAAAUUCUUGAUAAGGACGAUAGCGGAAGUGUAUCGCGUGAGAAGUUUGAUGCCUUUUUGAGAGAUUCGACGCGAUCUCUUAUCGAUGGUGUCGAGGUCUAUGAUGAAGAUCCCAAAUUUUCUAUCGCGGCUUCUAAUGAUGCUUCGGAAAGUAAAGAUCUUGAAUUAUCGGCGUGUGCAGAUGAGAUGGGUCAUCCUAGCGAUUCGAUAAAUAAGGAUGCUGUCAAGACGGAACAAGAGCACGAAGAAGCUUUUAAAUCUGAACAGUCUCUUUGUCAGAUCUUAGAAAUAAGAUCUGAAGGAAAUAGAAACCCAUUAGAAGAAAAGGUCGAUAUCUCCGAAGAUAAAAGCGUCUUUGGUGGAGCAGAAAGGAUUGGGACGAGUAUUCCACUCACCGAACAAGUAAUAUUACCUCGCUCGUUAUCUGAAAAAUCUCCUGAUGGUCCACCGCCGCAAACGGAAACCAAAACGGAUGAUACUUCACAAGUCAAUUUUAAAUUGACAAAAGAGGCAACGAAAGGUCUGUCACAAUUUAAGAAACUACUCCAAACAGCAUUUCAAAAGGAAGUCACUGUGCAACAAUCUUUCAGUCAUUUCGACAAGAAAGCUGAUGACUUCGUGUCGUACAACGACUUUAAAACAGGACUACGCGAGCUAGGUUCUGACUUUGUUAAUCUCUCGGAUAAUGACAUUCUUUUGAUGGCCAAAACGUUAGACAGCAAGCAACGGAACGGACUUUGUGUGGAAGACCUGAUGACUUUUUUUGAAAUUCCAGACACAAGCGAACAUUUUAAAAACAAUGCCAAAUCUACCAUCGCUGAAAAUGAAGCAACAUUUACUUUUAACGCCAGCGAAGUGCCAAUUCAGACGCCACGAAAUCGUUUUCCAGACGUUGAGACUUCCAAAUCAUCAACAGACUCGAGUACAAUCGUACAAGAGAACACUCAAAGAGUUGAUAUACCAACCGUCAGAGCUACACCGAGAACUGAGGUAUCAGCUGCAGACAAUCUUGCGUGCAAUUAUCCUUUUCACAGUGAUCCUGAAAUACGAGCUGUUGAGUUGAAGGUUCGUCAAAUUGCUGUGAAAGCUUAUCAACGUGGAACUUUGCCGCUCCGAGUUGUAACAAGAUUUCUAGAAGAUGCCGACGAUCAUCGUGGUCGAAUUCCUGGCGAUAAUGGACGAGAAAAAUCUCGUCAAAAGCGCACCGAAUUGCGUCGAGUGGAAUUUCUUCAAGUCUUAAUGGAGCUUGGAUUUACAUUGCUCUCGGAUCAAGACAAAGAAGACGACCCCCAUUAUGAACCCAAAAUGAACGAUCAUCUCUACGCACGGCAAAUUGAAAGACUAGCACGGUACCGACAACAAAUGAAGAGCAACCAGGAUAAAGAGCAUAAACAGUUGGUUCGAGCUAUCACCAAGACAACAAAACAGCAUUAUUACGACAACCAAGAAGCUGAAGACAGUCUUCGUCGAUUUGAAGACAAAAAGACAAAGUUGUUACAUAUCUUGUCGUAUUACCGCGAAGGUCAAAAGAAAUCGCUAGUUCAUUCACUUCUUCGUCAACAAGUCACAACGUCCUUAACGUUAUUCCCAUCGUUCGGCGAUCUCUUGUUUUUUGAACUUUCGUUACGAAAUCCAUAUAAUCACAACGAUCGCUUUAAAGUCGAAAUUCUGCUUCCUUCAUCUCGAGACCCUGCAGUCAUCUUGGACCUUGACAUCGUACGAAAUAGUGACGAAUGGACAUUUUAUCGUGAGAAUCUACCACUUGCUUUUGGUGUUAUGGACUCAAGUGCUCAUAUCGAAGACGAAAUGAUUGAUGACCAGAAUGAAGUAGUUCUCGAACCUAACGAUCAUCUUCAAAUUCCAAUGCGUCUUCGAUGGCUUGAUAUGACAGAUCGAAUUAGGAAACAAGGAGCCACAGUUCCCAUUUCAAUUGUCAUUAAAAGCUGUUCACUUGGUCAAACAGUUGCCCUCUUUAAUAUUCAAUUACACCCGCAACCAUUUACGUGUCAUCGUGUCCUGCGCUUUUCUCAACCUGCAUCAUCUAUAUGGCGCUGGAAAUUGAAAUAUCCACGUGAUAAAUUUAUUGUGUGUAUGGAUCCAAGUGUUGCUAUGGAAGAACUACGUGGUGGACAAGAAGAUUUGUUUAAUCAUGGCAUUAUGAGCUUCAAAUGUCGCGUUGGGGACUAUCCUGCACUAGAAACGUUCUUUAUUGUACUAUACGACGACAAGUAUCAUGCUCGGACGUAUGAAGUAUGGCAGGUUCAAAUUCAAUCGAAAUUACGAGUAGAUGUACAUGCAAUUUUCGGACAAAGUGUGCAGCAUGAACUUGUGAUUAAAAGUGACGAAAUUCCAGCAAAUCAGCACGUGAAGUGUUUUACACCAAUGUAUCACCAUAAACUGAUACAAUUUCGACCUGCUCAAGUGUUUACACUAGUCCCUCAAGCAUUAAAUCGCAUUGAAUUUAAUAUUUGUGCAGUAGAAUGUGGAGGAGAGUCACAAAAGGUGAUUCUUGUUAAUCUCGUGGAUAUUGAGACACACGAACUUGUUGGUGCGUGGAGCAUUCAUGUGACACUUGCGCUUCCAGUCAUUACAAAGACAUACGAAUUGAACUUACCACUUGGUCGAGCUGUUCAAAAAAAGAUUUCGUACUUAAAUCCUUGGGAUCAACCACAGACAAUUCGACUGCGCUCUAGUGCACCAAAUCUGUUAAUACCCCGUGAAUCUGAGGUACGAUUGCCUAGUAAUGGUCAAGCUUUCAUACGCAUUGCUUUUGCUGCUCGAGAUCACUUGACUGCAGUUUCUCAAGCCAUUUAUCUGUUCAUUAACGAUAAACGUACCGAUCAGAACGAAGAGUGUUUGCUGUUUCAGGUUACGUAUGUAUAA